GUUACAGGGACUGAAAUCUGCCAUAUAUUGCAUGAGAGGAGAGACACUGAGCUGUUUGCCGACCGGAAGACAUCUAAAGACAUGUCUGAUCUGAUAAAAACCAGACAACCUUCAGCCGAGGAAGAGCAGCAAUAUCUGGCACUUAAACUGACAGUAAUCAAAUGGACAGGUUAUUGCUGACAGGAUAGCACAUUCGGGGAUGAAUAUGAACGGGUCCUUCAGGAAGGUUCUGGAUUUGAGUUCUGGAGACCCUCACAGCAGUGGAAUCAAGCCAGUAACCUUUGUGAGACAGGUCACAGCUGGAUGUGUGUAUCCCAGAAUCCUGCAGGGUGAUGCUCUUCCUCCUGACGCUCGUCUCAGAGCUCAGAAACUCCUCAGUCACUUUGAUGGAGGCAGUAUCGGUUCAUACACAGAUACCUGUGGAUCAAUGCAUGUGAGAAACACUAUAGCAAAGUCUAUUAUUCUGCGGGACGGAGGCGUGCCGUCCAGUCCAGAGCAAGUCUUCAUCACUGUUGACACCCAGAGAGCUUUGAUGGCGAUGCUGAGGCUGCUCUGCCAAUCAGAGGGUGUGUCUGCGGUUAUGAUCCCAGACCCCGCCCCUCACACUCUGACACGCCUCCUGGACAGAAUGGGUGUGGUUCCGGUGACCUAUCAGCUGCGAGAGCAGAGUGGGUGGAGCUUUGGGAGGGCGGAGCUAAACAGAGCCAUUCAGGCGUCGAGAGGGCGGUGCUUUCCACUGGCGAUUUACAUCAGUAACCCUGGCAACCCCACAGGUCAUGUUCAGAGCAGAGAGUGCAUUCAGGAUGUGAUUCGCUUUGCUGCAGAUGAAGAGCUUUUCUUGUUGGUCGAUGAGGUUUAUCAGGACACAGUUUUUGCGGACGGCUCAGAGUUUGUGUCCUAUAAGCGUGUUCUGGCUGAGAUGGGCGAACCUUAUUCUGAUGGAGUUCAGCUGGCCUCGCUGCAUUCGCUCUCCAACGGCAUCAUGGGAGAGUGUGGUUUCAGGACGGGGUAUAUGGAGCUGGUGAACGUUGAUGAAGCUGUAAUGUUAUACGCUGAGGUUCUUCUGAUGGGAGAUCUGUGCCCUCCUGUGAUUGGUCAGAUCGCUCUGGAUGUCAUGGCUGAUCCGCCCCGUCCUGGAGAACCUUCCUACAGUUUAUACACACAGGAGGUGGCGUCUCGGCUGAUGACUCUGAAGUGUAACGUCUCCAGAGCUGUCGAGUUCAUUAAUGAUCUUCCAGGAUUCAGCUGUCGGUCAGUUCAGAGUGGAAUCUUCAUCUAUCCACACCUGACUCUUCCUCACUCAGCGCCGACACACUCAGAGUCAGUGGGGUUGUUGUACAGCAGGAGGUUGUUGGAGGAUCAAGGUGUGUGUGUUGGGUUCAGUGAAGAUCACACACAUUCACAGAGCUGCUGCCACUUGAGGCUGUGUGUGCUGACGCCAUCAGAAGAACUGGAGGAAGCUCUCCAUCGCCUUCAAUGUUUUCACUUUCAGUUCCUUAAAGAAUACUGUGAUCCCGGAGAAACAGUCAGUGAACCACAACAGAGCAUUUAAAUUAAAAAUUUUAUUAAUGCACCGAUUCAUAUACAGAUGAAACUCUACAUGGGCUGUUCACACUAUGCAGCACAUUUUCAUGCAAAUCGUAUUAGUAUGCUACACAUUACACAUCAUGUAAUCUUUUUUGCUGCUAGUUUGAUCAAAUUACACAAAUCGGUUUAUUAACAUUUAAUAUAGUAAUAUUAACAUGAGUAUUGAAGGUGUUUGAAGGUGUUUUUAAUUAUAAAUUAAAAGUGUCUGAGCAUA